UACGCGCUCUUCCACUUUUCUUGCCUGGCGUCCAUGACAUUGAUCUCCUCGUAGUCAAAUGGCCUCUUCGCUUUGACAUUCUGCACAACAGCUUUGGCUGUGUCGCAUAGGCCGCAUGGCGUUCGGGUGAAGAAGGUGAGCCGGCAAGCGAGCAGACGGGAUGUGGCGCGGAACAUGGUGGCGACGUGUUGGCAACCCACACACUCUCGGUAACGAUGACUACGAGCGUGCAAUACAGACGGGGAACUUUGGGCUGACGCGACGGUAAUUCCGAAGAUGGAAAGCUUCAACGGCCAGGAUAUCGAUUAAGCUUCGCGCUUGGACCCUAUGAUGACGGCUGAUUUCCAGAAUGUUCGGAACAAAAUCUGGGGCAUCGCAACACGACGAGCAGUGCACAAUCGACCUUCUCACCACUCGUUAAGCGCGUUAUUCACACAAACCGACUAUCAUGGCGAAGAAGUGUGUUCACAAGGGCUGCGGCAAGACGUACGAAGACGAGAACGAGGAGUGUGUUUACCAUCCCGGCCCACCCAAAUUCCAUGAGGGGCAGAAAGGCUGGGAAUGCUGUAAACCACGCGUCUUAACAUUCGACGAGUUCCUCGCAAUUGAGCCUUGCACAAAGGGCAAGCACUCUGACGUCGACGACACGCCCAAGCCUGAGCCCGUCAAAGCCCCCGACGUACCCAAUGACACCCAAGUCAACCUCGGGUCGCUCGAAGAAUCGCUUCCCGCGCCAGCUCCCCGAUUACCCACCGCACAAGCCACACCCAAGCCGAGCGCUUCGCCUGCGCCGCCGCCAGAGUCGGAAGACGACGACCCGAGUCUAGAGAUCAGGGAGGGCAUGACAUGUCGGCGGAAAGGAUGCGGCGCGACACACAAGGGGGGUGAUAGGGAAGGAGAGAGCUGCAUACACCACCCUGGUGCACCCAUCUUCCACGAGGGCAGCAAGGGGUGGAGUUGCUGUAAGAGGCGGGUGAUGGAGUUUGAUCAAUUCAUGAAAAUUGAGGGCUGUAAGACAAAAGACCGACAUCUAUUCGUCGGCAGCGGCAAAAAGAAGGAGGGCGAGGAGAAGCUGGAGACAGUUCGACACGACUACUACCAAACCGCCACCUCAGUCGUCGCAUCCCUCUACCUCAAGAAGAUCGACAAAGCAACCGCCGUCGUCGAGUUCCAACCCACGCACGUCAAGCUCGACCUCCCCACCACAGACAGCAAGCGCUACCAAACUGAAUUCCCCCUCUUCUCAACCAUCAAACCUGAGGAAAGCAAGUUCAGAAUACUAGGCACAAAGCUUGAGAUGACGCUAGUCAAGGCGGAUGGAGCUAGCUGGCCGGUUCUGAGGAGCGACGAUAAACCUACUGGGGAGAUGAUUCAGGUGGGUAGGGCGGGUAGGGCGUAGAUGGAAGUGCGGGGAUUGCAUAGAUGAGAUAAUGCAAAAACGAAGUUACGUUAUGUCAGUCAUACUGCUGUGAGUUUGUGGUUAUGUGUGUAUGUGUAGGUCGGAGGA